CGGCGCAUUUCAACUCGCAUCCUCGUCGUCCUGUAUAUAUGAGUUCUUGACGCGAGCGAAUGUUUCGAGAGUUUCGUAAAAUGUCGGCCGUUCGUAUCAACAUCCGUCGUCAGUUGGAUACGAUGCAUGGUGCGAAGUCGUGUUGCGUUCAAACGUGUUUUGCAUCUCUCCGUUGCCUCGUGUCUCGAGUUUCCGACGCGCGUGAAUACUGGGAAUGUUUUAAAAGUGCCGAAAACGAAGGGUCAUGCCAAGUGUGAAUCAAGACGAAUCGUCGUAAGGAGGAUUUUGGAUUUUUCGAAUGUUCGACAGCAGCGUCUGAGACCUGAGACAGAGCUGAAUGGAGCGAACAGCGGCGAAAGUUAGAAGUUUCUCUGUCAAAAACAUUAAAAUUUCUCCGUCAGGGAUGUAUCUAUAUAUACACGCAUACACCAUGGUGCAAAGAAAUACAUGAACAUGACGCGACGCCGGUAACGCAGUAUGACGCAGUAUCACCUUUCGAUCGUUCUUAUAACCUUAUUUCGGACGUUUCAUGAAACGCUUACCUAAGUAGCAUUCGUAUUGCAAAGAGACAAAAGAUUCAGGAUGGCAUUGGGACAGAGAGCAUCUUUGCAGGUAAAGGAAUUGGUGAAUUUAUACAAAUCAUUAGCUGCAUAUCCAUCCUUGAGCAGUGCACAGAUUCUUGGUACUACAAGUGGCAGAUUGUCCAUACAAGGCUCGUGGUCACAAAGAAAUCUGGAGAGGAAGACAGAUCAACGCUUCUUACAGAAUUAUGACUUAAACUCAGACUUGACACCAGUUUCUAUUGGAUUUCCAGUUGAUAUUACCACAGAGUUGAUGUCCACCCUAACAAAGAAUGAAGAACGUAGAGCUGUGCUGCGACAAGUCACAAUUGAUAAUUCUACAAAACAGUUUAUAGAAAUCUGGGAUAAGCAACAUUUUGUGAAGAAUUAUGAUCUGUCUGCUCUGGAUGUCCAUGGCGAUGUUUACACAGAUAUGGAAUUUCGUUCAUUUGAGUGGUCUCCGGAUAAUACUAAGAUUCUAUAUAUAGCAGAAAAAAAGCUUCCCAAGUCAGAACCGUUUUAUAAGCAGAAGUCAUUGGAUAAGAAAGAUAAAGAAAAAAAAGAGGAUGAUGAAGCAACGGUGGGUAACGAAUAUAUUUACAAGCCACACUGGGGAGAGCAAUUAGUAGGUAAACACCGACCUGUUGUUGCUGUCCUUGAUACGACGAUGGACACCAUUACUGUGUUACCUGGAAUACCAGAUGAACUAUCUCCCGGCCAAGUAAUCUGGACAAAAGAUCAAGAUAUAAUCGGGGUUGCUUGGAAACAUGAGCCAAUAUACUUAGGCAUUACUGCGUGUACUAAUAGAUACUCUUGGAUAUUUGUAUUGAAAAAUGGAGAAUAUCGAAAUUUGUCUGAUGAAGGAUGUGCAGUGCACAGUCCUAGAAUCAGUCCUGAUGGAAAUUAUCUCGUAUGGUUGCAGAGGGAAACAGGUGCUGUGCCACAUCAUAACGUACACAAGCUUAUAUUGCGAGAUUUGAGAAUGGAAAAAGAUCAUACUAUCGAGAUUGUGGAAGCAGUGGGAACGAGUAAAACAAUUAAUCACAGCAAGCAAUUUUAUGGAAUAUAUGGUCGUUUACCUCGUCGUUGUUGGAGUGACGAUUCUCAGUACUUAUUUUUCAGUACUCCACAAAAGAACAAUAUCGUCUCAUAUAUCGUGAAUAUAAAUACAAAAGAUAUUACUGAGAUAAAAAAUGAUAAAAGCAGUCUUUCUGUACUGGAUGUAAAGGGGAAUGUGAUUGCGUUUCUAAACACGUCUUUAUUGCAACCUUCUAGCCUUAUGGUAGGUCGUUUUGAAAAUGAAGCAGCAAAUAGUGGCGAUAUCCCCAAGAUUGCACUUACAACUCCAAUGAAAAUUCCUGGUUUCGAAGAAAUGAUGUAUGAGCAAAAUGAAUAUAGUUAUAAUAAUGACGACAGCAUAAAGCAAUUUAACUAUAUUUAUUUCGGUCGAAAAAGUGGUAAAGUUCAAUCAGUACCUUUUAUAGUUAUACCACAUGGAGGACCUCAUAGCAGUUUUGCAAACACAUUUUCUCUAGAGUCGGCUUUCUUUAUAUUAGCAGGUUUCGCGGUAGUGCUAGUAAACUAUCGUGGCUCUACGGGGAUGGGCAGCGCGACGGUAGAGUAUCUUCAAGGAAAAGUCGGAAAUGUGGAUGUGAAGGAUUGUAUAACUGCUACGCAGGAAACGAUCAAGAAAUAUCCCUGGCUUGACUCUAAACGCAUAGGUCUUUGCGGCGGAUCUCACGGUGGAUUCUUGGUAGCACAUUUAAGUGGGCAAGCUCCAGAUCUGUUCAAAGCGGUAGUUGCUAAAAAUCCAGUAAUCGAUAUCUCAACCAUGUUCGGUACAUCCGACAUUCCAGACUGUCGCAAUGCUCUGACUAAGGAAGAGAAAAUAGCGUAUCUUCGUAAUGUGUGCGGUGUGGAGGCAGGUAUUCUUUACAAUAUCAUUACCGGUCCUUGGCCCGAAGACAUCGACAUGCUCGUAAAAAUGAGAAAAUGCUCACCCAUCAUACACGUAGAUAAAGUUAAGGCACCGACCUUGGUCUGUAUUGGAACAAAAGAUCUGCGAGUACCAUCUUCUCAAGGAACGAUGUGGUACAAUCGGCUCAAAAUUAACAAAGUGAAAACUAAAAUGCUCGUGUACGAUGACAAUCAUCAACUGUCAACUGCAUCAGCUGAGAUCGAUCAUAUUAUCAACGACUGUCUUUGGUUACUGGAACAUACAUCUAAAGAAUCCUAAGACAAAAAAUAAAUUGCUGCAUUUGAUUAUGUGUGUAUAUAUACAUAGAUCUUUAUUAUC